UGAACACAAUGACAUCUCCAGUGUUUGCUCUCUUUUUCACAUCUCUGUUCUUAGCAGAAAUGGCUCAGGCGACUGAUCUGAAAUUGUCCUCAUCUGUCCGCCAAGAGAGACAUUUCGUAUCAGUCAAAGCUGGGGAAAACUUGACUUUGCAAUGUUUCUUCGAAGGUGCUGUUGCUGCAAGGCUUUACUGGUAUAAGCAAACUCUGGGACAGAAACAUAGGCUCAUCUCUACUUUCUAUAUGUAUGACAAAAAAGUUCAUUUUUACGAUGAAUUCCAGAACGACUCACGUUUAACACUGAGUACUGAAAAUGGUCAAAAUCACCUGACAAUCACAGACGUGCGCUUUUCAGAUUCGGCUAAUUACCACUGCAUGAGUUGCUAUCUAUACACGUUAGAAAUUUCUGCGAGCAUUUUAGUUGAUGUAAAAGGUUCAGCCUUAAACAUCCCAGCUACUAUCCAUCAGUCAGCAUCUGAGAGCCUCCAGCCAGGAGGCUCUGUGACUCUGGACUGUACAGUACACACUGGGACCUGUGAUGGAGAACACAGUGUUUACUGGUUCAAGAAGUCUGAAGAAUCUCAGCCAGGACUCAUUUACACCCAUGGAGGCAGGACUGAUCAGUGUUUGAGGAAAAACAACACACAAACACACACCUGUGUCUACAAGCUGCCGAUGAAGAGUCUGAAUCUUUCUCAUGCUGGGACCUACUACUGCGCUGUUGCCUCAUGUGGACACAUUCUGUUUGGAAACGGGACCAAGCUGGAGCUAGAAAAUGAGGUGGACUCUCCUGUCUUGGUGUAUUUCUUGAGUGGAACUUUGACAUUCACCACCAUCCUGAGUGUUUUACUGGCCUUCACAGUGUGCGUGAUGAACAAGGGAAACAGCCGCCAAUUUAAAGGGUCUCAAGUCGGAUGUCCAGCUCCCCCCACAGCGAAAGCAAAGGGUUACCAACACGCUGAAAACCUUUAUUAUGCUGCUUUAAGUGCCGACCUGUCCAACAGAUCAAGAGGACAGAGGGAUCCCACCUGGAGUGAAUGUGUGUACUACAGCGUAAAGCAGUAGAACUGGACUUAUUACAUUUGUACUUUGGAGUAAGACAGGAUUUUCUUAGUGCCUCUCUGGAGGUGUAAUAAAGAUGUAUAUCCAGGUUUGAAAUACAGUUGCGUUUAAAGCUUCUUUGUGGC